AUGGAGGAAGUUCGACCAAUGGAGGAAUAUCUACAAGUGAUACCCUCGGAGCUUGAUAUCAUGAAGCAAGAAUUUAAGAGAAAGAAUUUGAAACUUGAAAAGAAGAUAGAAAAGCUUGAAGAGGAGAAGAUGUACCUGAGUCUAGAUGUUGACCUGCAAAAGAAGGAGGUUGAAAAAGUUAGAAAGGAAAAAAGGAAGGUUGAGGAGGACCGAGAUGAUUUAAAAGAGGACUAUAAGAAGGCACAAUGGCAGAAAGAAGUUCAAGAGAAAAAAGCUAGAGCCGAGUAUUGGGAGAAGAAGUUCCAAGAGAUGCGGUCACAGAAUUUGACAUUAGAGAAAGAGAAUAAAGGUUUGAAGACUAAGCUCGAGGCGCAAGAAGAUUGUUUCAAAGAAGAGCUCCAUCAAGUUAAAGGUCAAGUCAGAGAUAAGGAUUACAUUAUUGGGGAGGCUAUAGCCCAGAUUCGAGAGAUUGCUGAAUAUGUUCGAGACUUAGCAGUACGAGCUGAUGCGUCGAGUAUGAUGUAUGAGUCAGCGUCUGAUAAAGGUCGAGAGUUAGCCCUUUUAUUAGAUAAAGUUAGAACUUUAGGCGUUGGGGCAAAGGCGUAUAUGUAA